CUCCCGGCUUUGAGGGGUCUGGCUUUCUUGGAACGGGAAAGGGCACAAACAAAACGGAACAGUGAUGCCCUUCGGACCUUCCUCUGUCUGGACUUUGCCUUCACUGUUGUCCAGUCAGAUGGACACUAGAUACUUUGUACUGAUGGACCUCUCAACUUUCUGAUUUAGAGAGAGAGGUUGAUACUUCAAAGACAGACGCUCCGCUUUGCCAGUUCGGGGACAUUGUAGAAGACCUCGUUUUUUUCUGGCCUCUCCUGUUCAUUUUGGUGAUGUCGUGGGAGAAGUUCAUCCGCCACCUGCUCUCGCUGGUCGCUUUGCUGCUAGCGGCAGACUGUGGGGCCGUGGAGCAGCGCAGGGGUACGGAGGGCAGCACUGGUGGCGGUGCUGGUGGUGCCGGAGGUGCUGGUGGCAGUCGGCGCUACAACCGCAUCCAGCACGGGCAGUGUACCUACACCUUCAUCCUGCCGGAGAAUGAUGGCAACGUGGCGUGCCGGGAGGCGAAGUCUGGUGGCCAGCACAGCGCCAAUGUGCUCCAGAGAGAUGCGCCGCAGGUGGAGCACGACUUCUCCAGCCAGAAGAUCCAGCACCUGGAGCAUGUUAUGGAGAACUACACCCAGUGGCUCCAGAAGAUUGAGAACUACAUCAAGGAGAGCAUGAAGACGGAGAUGGCGCAGCUGCAGCAGAGUGCAGUGCACAACCACACGGCGGCCAUGCUGGAGAUGGGCACCAGCCUGCUGUCACAGACGGCCGAGCAGACCCGCAAGCUGACAGACGUGGAAACGCAGGUUCUGAAUCAGACAUCAAGACUGGAGAUUCAGCUGUUGGAGAACUCUCUCUCCACAAAUAAACUGGAGAAACAGCUCCUAGUUCAGACCAAUGAAAUCAGCAAGCUUCAUGACAAGAAUGGGCUCCUGGAGCAGAAGAUCCAGGAGAUGGAGGAGCGGCACCGGGAGGAGCUGGAGGCCCUGAGGGUGGAGAAGGGCAGCCUGCAGGAGCUAGUUGGGAGGCAGAGUGGCGUGAUCCAGGAGCUGGAGGCCCAGCUGGGCCGGGCCACUGGCAACAACACCGCUCUGCAGAGGCAGCAGCAGGACCUGAUGGACACCGUCCACAGCCUCCUAAACCUCUGUUCCAAGGAAGGAGUGGUUCCAAAUAGCACAAAGAGAGCGGAUGAGGAGAAGAAGUUUCGGGACUGCGCAGACCUCUACCAUGCAGGCUUCACCAAGAACGGUGUUUACACCAUCCACAUCGGCACUCUGGAGACCAAGAAGGUAUACUGCAACAUGGAGUCUGCAGGUGGGGGGUGGACAGUGAUCCAGCGCCGGGAAGAUGGAAACCUGGACUUCCAGAGGACCUGGAAGGAAUACAAAUUGGGAUUUGGAAGUGUGUCCGGAGAACACUGGCUGGGGAACGAGUUCAUCUACCUGCUCACCAGCCAGAGGCAAUACUCCCUGCGGAUCGAGCUGACGGACUGGGAUGGCCAGCAAGCCUUCUCCCAGUAUGACAGGUUUCACAUCGGGAGUGAGAAACACAACUACAGAAUGUUCCUGAAGACUCACACUGGCACGGCUGGCAGGCAGAGCAGCUUGGUGAUCCACGGGGCUGAUUUCAGCACCAAAGAUGUGGACAAUGACAACUGCAUGUGCAAAUGCUCUCUCAUGCUCACAGGAGGUUGGUGGUUUGACGCCUGCGGGCCAUCCAACCUUAAUGGGAUGUAUUACACCAAGGGGCAACACCUGGGCAAGCUAAACGGCAUCAAGUGGCACUACUUCAAAGGUCCCAGCUACUCCCUCCAAGCCACAGCCAUGAUGAUCCGGCCAUUCGAUUAUUGAACGAGGUCCACGAGCUUAAGGCAGCAGAUAGUACUGGUUGAGACCACCAGACACCGAGGGAAAAAGUCGCUGCCAACUCUGCAACUGCCUUCUAUAGAAGGUCCAGAAAACAGUCUGGAAGAGGAGGCCAUGUUAUAGUCAAUGAAUUUAUAGUCACCAAGCUGAACAGCCAGGUAGCCGGGCUCACAUGAAAUUUUUUUAGAAACACUGUUAUCCAGUUCUGUUUUCCGCAGGGCUCCUUGCACCUCUCUGUCUUUACUCCCCAACUCUGGGGCUUGCGUUGUGGACCAAUCACAACUGAAGGAACCUGGCUGGAGCCAACAGUGUUUGUUCUGAUGGCUUCAUUUGUUUGCACUGCUCCAUGUUAACAGCGCAGAUCUGGGACAUCCACAUGAAACAACAGGAAAAUAAACUACGGUUGUUUUCCAAGGUUUUUUUGGGGGUGAUGCAGAAUGACAUUUUGAAUUGGAGCGCUUUUGAUUAAUGCCUUUUUUAUACAAUAGCCUGAAAUGUUUGACGUACAGUAUGACAUUUUUGUACACAUUUUUCUGCACACAGAAGAGAGAAAAAGAACUGCAUAGAGGAUUUCAAGGAUUGCUUCAUUGGUUCACAGAAGGACAAUUUGUGUAGGCUGGUAAUACAUAGAACUCAUUUUGAGGUUGGUUUAGCUGCCAGAAGUAUUGUACAUUUUGAAUGUGACUUUAUUAUUUCUACAUAUUAUUUCAGGCUACUACAUUAUCAUUGAAUUAGUGAUUGUGGAGUGCUGGUAUACGCCACUCGCUGACAAGCAACCAAUGGCCGCUUACCUCCUUCAAGACCCACAACAUGCUGUAAAGACAUUCAGCUUUCUCCUUAGUAUAAAUGUGAAAAUGAGUUAGACCUUGAAAGAGCCUGUAUUCCCAAUACUCCUCCAUACCUUUUAUUAUGACUGGUAAUAUGUACAAGAGGAAUGAAAAAUUGUAU